CCAUGAUCGAAUGCGGAGAGUGCGGCAACUGGUUUCACUUCAGCUGCGUUGACUUGAGCGAUGACGAGGCGGAGAAGAUUCAUAACUGGGUGUGCCCCGACUGCGCCGAGCGCACCGGAGCUAAGACGACGUACAUUCACGACAUCUCUACCUUCCCGUCACCGGCCCCUCCAUCCGACGUCGAAGUGGUGGCUGAGGAGGGGAUCGAAGCGGAGCCCGCGUCACGAUCCAAGCCCAAGCAGAAGAAAGCUGCACCGAAGCGCAAGGCCGCGGCGCAAAGGCCGACGCGGAAGAAGGCCAAAAUCGAGGAGCCAAAUUCAGAGCCCGUAGACGCUGCCGACCAGAGCGAGGAGGACAACGACGAAGCCAGCUCAUCUGAGAGCGAGUCUGCAGAGGACGAGUUUGAGGAGGGUGAUGCGGACGACUACAAGGACGAAGGGGCGCGAGAGGACGGCGACCUCGAUGAUUUGGUGGUCGAUGAGGAGGAGGUUAAGAAGGAAAUGGACGAAGAGUCGCCAACGCCCGCAAAGUCGCCGGUCAAACGCGGGACCCGUGGACGCAGCAAGUCCGCCACGCGUGACCACACGAAGUCGCCUAUCAAGUCGCCCAUCAAGUCGCCUGGGAACAAGAAGCGCAAGGAAGAGGCGACGGAUGAAGCCAGUGAUGAGGCUCAUCCAACGGCCAAGGGCGAUGCCAAGAAGGAGGUGCGCCCCGCGACCCGGCCACCGGCGCCGAAACGCCCUUCUAUCGAUACAAGACGCAGCUCCGGUUCGGCAAGAUCGGGCGCCGCGACCCCCUCUGUCUCGAAGGAAGCUAAGGGAGCGCUUCCAGCCGCCCGGGCGUACGUGCUCGCGCAGUUUACCAAGAUCGCCACCGGUCUGUUUGGGGACAAACUCGAUGCUUCGGGCAUCGAUAGCUGGGCCCGCGAGGUUGAGGCAGCUUUGUUCACACACUUCAAGGAGGGGCCGAAGGCUGUUGCGGGCAACCGAUACAAGGCGCAGUUCACACUCCUGAACUCGUCCCUUCCAAAGACACGAGCGGAGGUCAAGAACGCCAUCGUGGAUGGUGCCACACCACCUAGCAAGGUAGCGCUGAUGACCGCCGAGGACCUCGCGACCGAGGAGCAGCUCGCUGAGCUGAUGGCACAACGGGCAGAGAGCCUGCGGCAGGCGGUGCGCAUCGAGCCUGAGUAUAACUCUGUGCGGAUUGGGCGGGACGGGUUCGAAGAAGUCGAGAACGAGAAGGACGACGACGACCGCGCCGAAGACCGAAAGGAUGUCGUCGUUGACAUCGCACCCACCACGCCCGUGGAGGAGCGACGACGAGGUACUGCUACACCUGAGCCGCCCAAGGGGUCCGAAACGCCGCGAUCGCCUCUCGCCCGUCGUCGUUCCUCUUUCUCCACCCCUCUUUCCCCCAUCGCGCGCCGCGCGUCAUUCUCCCAGUCCGGCUCGCCCGUCGUCACACAUAGACCGUCAGUCGAGUUUACUUCGGCGUGGGGCACCUCCUCUAAAGUGACGGAGGAUUACAUUAUGGAGCAAGACCAGGACCAAAUCGACUUGUCUGACCUCGCGACGGGUGAGGCCGAGGUGACUUACGACGAUGAGUUGGACGGUCCUGAUGUUAUGGCCGAGUUCCUCCAGCGCCCUGUGGUGUGGAGUGGCGGAAUCACGAAUCCUGCCGAGGAGUCCCCUUUUCCCCCGCCCGUCAUGAUGCGACAAGCUGCCGGCCGGGCUGCCCCGGCCGACACUUUCCGUGUGCUUCUUCCACAGCAGUCCAUUGCUAUCGCUGGGCGUGUACCAAGCGCAAGCAGCUUGCGAUACCUUGCCGAUCGGCGGCUCGACCGCACCAAGGAGCUCAUGGUAGUAGCAUUCUCGCUCGACCCCAAAGCCACUCCGGACCAACGGGGCGCUUGGGAAGCCCUCCUCAAUUUCCACAUCCAACGCGAUCGCCACGCUGUCUUCCACCCCAAUACAACAGCGCGGGAGCUGUACCUAAUCCCUCUGCGUGCAGCGGACCGUACCCCAGAACUGUUCGACACACUCGAUGCCUUUGCUCUGCCCAAACAGGGCCGUACCCAGGCCGUCAUGCUGGGCGUAUUUGUCGCGCAGCGCGCCUCGCCAGGUCGCUCGCCAGCAGAGCCUCAACACACUCCGCCUCUUCCCGUUCGCCCUCCACCUCCAGCUCCUCAACCCCCUCACGUGCCACCUCCUGCGCCGGCCGGCGCGCCAGUGUUCCAAAAUGCGCAGCUACAGGCGCUCAUGGCAAGUCUCAACCCUGCCGCCAUAGCUGCGGCAACGGCGCCGAGUGCACCAGCCCAGGCGAUGCCUUUGCCUCCUUUCCCACCUUUCCCACCGGGCGCGUCUCGACCACCUGGCCCUCCCGAUCUUUCCGGCCCUCCUGGCCCUCCCGGCCCUCCGCCUAGAUCAGAUUAUGGGUAUCGGCAUGAACACCAACCGGAUCACCGCCCAGAAUACCGCUCGGACGGUCGUGCAGACUACCGCCCUGGCCCGGGAUACGUCCACGGGCACGGUCCGCCCCACUCGGGUCCCCCAUAUGGUGCCCCGCAAGGUCCUCCGUAUGGCGCACAGCAAGGCUACCCUCCAUCCCGUUCCGGGCACGUCUCGCCACCAGGACGCGGUGGUAUGUCGCCUGCGACGGAGAUGCGAAGUCCGCCGUAUGGCCCGCCAAGAGGUGGUCGUGGCGGUGGGCCGCGUGGACGUGGCCGAGGGCGUGGACGAUGGUAACGUGACAGUCCGAGAGCAUAUCAGAGUUAGGAGCCAUGGUAGUAGAGCGUGGAGUGCAUGUAAUUAUAGGCAGCCGUGCACGAGGUGGACUUGUGCUCAUCAUGCUACGAAUGGGUUCAGUGCUGAAAUGCGACAGAAUGAGCGGAAGCAAAA